AUUCAUGCUCAGUUCUUGCUCGUGUAUCGACGAGCGAACACUGAAAGUUUUUGAUGUGUGGUUAGUUUGUGUUUUCGUGAUGUGACAUUUCUCCAGUGAAAAUUAGCAAAAAUGCAAUCGAAACAACUAUUGAUGCGAUGUAUCUGGAUUAUGUCUCUGCUUGUAUUGGCUUCCGCCAGAAUACACAAGCUCGAAAUACGGAAUGACAUAAGGCCAUACAUAGCCCUUAGCACCUUCGGUUUUUACAAGAGCGGUAUUCUCGAAGUAAAUUUGACAAAUUUCAAGGCCCAGCCUCUCGACGAGAAUGCCGUGUUUGGAUUCAGUUUGGAUCGUACGCUAAGCGAUGCGAUGAAUCCGUAUUUAGAUAGUCACCAAGAGAGAUGCGUGCUACAGGACCUUUCAAACAAGUCCGAUUUCGAGACGACGGCCGACAGCAACGCGGCCAUAUAUUUCACGAUGGACUUGAAAAACUCUGUGUUGAAAGUGAACUGUACUCCGAAUGUCCAUACGGUACAUGUCUACAAGGAUUCCAGUAUGUUGUUAGUUUUCCGAGCAAAGAGAGACUCCUUUCCGGCCAGGUUUAGCGAUACCGUUCUCUUUCCACGGAGAAAACGCUAUACCUCGCACGAUAUCAAAAGAUCCGCUAACGAGGAUGAUUUCCAGUCUAGGACGGAAGGCAGAAGGGCAUGCUCUGGUCUUAAACUACCAAUGAACGUGCGCAAUGUGAAAGGGGAGAAAUAUUAUAAUACCACGUUUCUCGUGUACGUCGCCAGCGAAGAGGAUGAGGGUCUUUAUAAUCUUUUGUUUCACAAUUGCCCAAAUUAUAAGUACGGUUCACAGGUUGCGUUAGAUUUCACGGUACAAAUAUCCGAGAUCAAUAGCGGAAAUUUUCUGAGCGCUGGUGAAAUGCCUUUGCCGGCCCUAUAUUUCAUGAUGGCGCUUUUAUUCUUCUUGUCCGGGUGCUUUUGGGUAUUCAUUCUUAAAAAGAGCAAGCAUCCCGUGUUCAAGAUCCACUAUUUGAUGGCGGUGCUCGUAUACUUGAAAUCUUUGUCGUUACUCUUCCACGGGAUCAAUUAUCAUUUUAUCCAAACUAAAGGGGAACACGUGGCUGCGUGGGCGAUUUUGUAUUAUAUCACGCAUUUACUAAAGGGAGCCGUACUUUUCAUCACCAUUCUUCUCGUUGGUACUGGAUGGACGUUCAUUAAACACAUAUUAGCCGACAAAGACAAGAAACUUUUUAUGAUCGUGAUACCAUUACAAGUAUUAGCGAAUGUUGCUGAAAUAAUAAUCGAGGAAAGCGAGGAAGGAGACAUCGAGCACAAGACUUGGCGAGACGUUUUUAUUCUCGUAGACUUGUUGUGCUGCGGCGCCAUCCUAUUUCCAGUAGUAUGGAGUAUCAGACAUUUACAGGAAGCUGCGCACACGGACGGCAAGGCAGCUGUGAAUUUACGCAAGCUUAAGCUUUUCAGACAUUUCUAUAUCAUGAUAGUUUGUUACAUCUACUUCACAAGAAUCAUUAUGUACUUACUCAAGAUCACGGUACCUUUUCAAUACGAGUGGCUGGACGAAAUGUUCCGAGAAAUGGCCACGUACGUCUUCUUCGUCCUUACCGGAUAUAAGUUCCGACCAGCUUCCGCGAAUCCAUACUUUACUCUAACAAACGACGAGACAGUCCAGGCUGACGAGGACGAUGAAAUUGACGUUGUUCUCUUUUCCAGUGUGUCCGGAGGUAGCGGUAUUACCGAAGGUCUCAGCAAAGUUAGCAAAGUGCCGAAAGUUUUGAGGUCCACGACCUCCGAUGUUCCUUCCACUCAAGAAGAGAGAGAUUCUUUGUUCAACAAGACGGAACCUUCCCACGAAUACGACUGAAUGGAAUAGAAAGUCUUCGUAAUAUAUUGAUUUCAGGAUGGACGAAAGCGAAAGACACGUUUUUCCGUCUUAUGAUAUUCGGAAACAAUAGUGGCGACCGAAACAUCAAACGCAACGAGUGUGUCUUAAAACGAUUGAACGAAGACGGGGAACGCGCGGUUAAAGAUAGCCACGAUCUGUCUUCUAUCUUUUCGAAGAAGGAGAAUAGCCGAUGUUUCACUUAUUAAAUGAUUAUCCACUCUGUUCCCUUUUGUCUCAACACAGACAGAUAUUUACGUCAUCUGUAAUUCGUAUUUAAUUUUAUCGAACGCGCUUCGUUCGUCAUUCGACUCGAAAUUUUCAUUUUUUCUCAUCUCCAUUUUUUUUUUUACGGAUGUUUCAUGGAUUACUUGCGGCGCACCAUGUUAUAAGUAUGUCACUCCCGUCUCGAAGUGUAAUUAAUCAUGGACUUCGAUCUUCAGUGUAAUCUACAAUUAUUGGUAGAAAAUUGUCAUGCAUAGCUAUCGGACAAACAUAAUCUAGAAUACGGUUCAAGGGUUUAACGUUCCGAGAAUUACGCCGGUUUCGCGUUUUCAGGUUUAGACUCAAAUUUUCAUGCAAGUUCAACGAAAUGGGAAGUUCACGUUUUGAUACGCGUCUUGCUGUAGCUAGUUUUUUUGUAGGCAUUUAGCGAAACGACAAAACAUUUCCAUUUGUUUUUCCCAUGACACGCUUAGUUUUGUCAAAUCGGAGAGGCCGCUUCGUGGCGCUUUAGUAAUUUUGUGAUAAACGAUACGCCAAAGACAGUGUAUCGUGAUCCACUUUUGUAAAGCACUCGGUAACCUUUUACGUAGGAACAAUUGUGGUGUCAGAAGAGCAGAAAAGUAAUAAGUUUUUUUCAGCGUUCAAUAUGUCCCAUUACAUAAUAACAGACUAUGGUUGCAACUAUUAUUAUUAUUACCAUUAUUAUUAUUGUACACGCGUUAUCACAAUUGCUGUUAUGUCUGUUACUAUUAAUAUUUUAUUGUAUGUAAUAACAGGGACACCCUACAAAAUCAAGUUGAA